AUGGCGGCUGCUGCUGCAUCCGCUGCUGCGCUCGAUCCGAGCAACAGCACGAAAAACACUUUGAAGCUCGAAAAUACCGAGAAACGUGACACUCUGAUUGCCAUCGAGAAGAAGUACCAAGCACAAUGGAAGGAGAACAGAGUCUUCGAGGCCGAUGCCCCGUCAUUCGAAGAAGUCCCUCAAGGCUCCAUGACCGCUUCUGAGCUGCGUGAGAAACACCCCAAGUUCUUCGGUACCAUGGCGUAUCCUUACAUGAACGGUACUUUGCACGCCGGCCACAGCUUCACUGCUAGUAAGGUCGAGUUCAUGACUGGUGUCGCUCGUAUGGAGGGCAAGCGUGCGCUGUUCCCCCUCGGCUUCCACUGCACCGGUAUGCCCAUCAAGGCUUGUGCCGACAAGCUGCGCGACGAAGUGAAGAUGUUUGGUCAGAACUUCGAAGGUUACAAGGAGGAGGAUGAGGCGAGCGCUCCCGCUGCGCCCACGCAAGAGUCCAAGCCCGAAGCCAAGGCUCAGGCCGAGAAGUUCUCUGGAAAGAAGAGCAAGGCCGCCGCUAAGACCGUGAAGAUGAAGUAUCAAUUCCAGAUCAUGUUGGCGAUCGGUGUCCCCCUUGAGGAUAUUCACAAGUUCGCCGAUGCCAACCAUUGGCUGCACCACUUCCCCCCUCUCGCCAUUCGCGACCUGGACAGCAUGGGUGCCCGUGUCGACUGGCGCCGCCAAUUUGUCACAACCGACGCCAACCCUUACUAUGACGCCUUCGUCCGCUGGCAGAUGAAUCGUCUCCGCGAGCUCGGAAAAAUCAUGUACGGCAACCGUUACACUAUCUACUCUCCCAAGGAUGGUCAGCCUUGCAUGGACCACGACCGCACAGAAGGUGAAGGAAUUGGCCCUCAGGAGUACACUGCUUUGAAGCUGCAGGUCAAGGAGUGGGCCCCCGAGAUUGCUCAACUCGUAAAGGGCAAGAUCGAGGACGACGCCAAGGUCUUCUUCGUCCCUGCUACUCUCCGUCCCGAAACCAUGUACGGCCAAACCAACUGUUUCGUUGGCCCCAAGAUCAACUACGGUCUAUUCAAGUUGAAGGAGAAGGAAUAUGUUAUUGUCACCAAGCGUGCUGCUUGGAACAUGGCUUUCCAGGGCCACUUCUUCCAGGACGGCUACUUCCCCAAGUCCCAGGAUGAGCUUCCUCUCGUUCUCGAGGCUCCUGGCUCUUCGUUCGUUGGUACUCUUAUCAACGCCCCUCUUUCAUUCCAUAAGGAUGGUGUCUAUAUUCUGCCCAUGGAGAGUGUCUCUGCUUCAAAGGGAACCGGUGUCGUCACCUCAGUUCCCUCCGACAGCCCCGACGACUAUGCCACCCUUAUGGACUUGAUUAAGAAGGCCGAUUACUAUGGUAUUAAGAAAGAGUGGGCUGAUAAGGAGAUUUUCCCUCUGAUCGACACCCCAACUUACGGCAACUUGACUGCUCCUGCUUUGAUCAAACAGCUCAAAAUCAACUCGCCCAAGGAUGUCACUCAGCUGGCUGAGGCCAAGGAUCUUGCCUACACCGAGGGCUUCUACAAGGGAACUCUGAUCGUGGGUGAAUUCAAGGGUGAGCCUGUCAGCGUUGCUAAGGACAAGGUCCGUCAAUCGCUGUACCAAAGUGGGGAUGCCUUCCCCUUCGCCGAUCCCAUGGGCAAGGUUGUUUCUCGCUCCGGUGACGAGUGUGUGGUGGCCUAUCUCGGCCAAUGGUUCCUGAACUACGGUGAGAAUGAUGAGCAGUGGCAAAAGGAGACCCUGGACCACGUUGUCAACAAGCUCAACGCCUAUGCCCCUGAAACCAAGAACGGCUUCGAGAAGAACUUGUCAUGGCUGAACCGUUGGGCCUGUGCCCGCACCUACGGCCUAGGUUCCAAGCUCCCCUGGGACACUCAGUUCUUGGUCGAGUCCCUGAGUGAUAGCACUGUUUACAUGGCUUACUAUACCAUCGCUCACCUUCUCCACGGUGAUCGAUACGGUAAGACCACUGGUCCCCUGAACGUCACCGCCGACCAGAUGACGGAUGAAGUCUGGGACUACGUCUUCACCCGUCGCGAGCUCAGCGACGACCUGAUCACCCAGUCCGGUAUUGACAAGGACGCCUUGCUGAAGAUGCGCCGUGAAUUCGAGUACUGGUAUCCCCUUGAUGUCCGUGUUUCAGGCAAGGAUCUGAUCCAGAACCAUCUUACUUUCUUCCUUUACAUUCACAUCGCGCUGUUCCCAGCCGAGUAUUGGCCUCGUGGAGUCCGUGCCAAUGGUCAUCUGUUGCUCAACGGCGAGAAAAUGAGUAAGAGUACUGGUAACUUCCUUACCUUGAAGGAUGCCGUUGAUAAGUUCGGUGCCGACGCAACCCGAAUUGCCUUUGCCGAUGCUGGUGAUGGCAUUGAGGAUGCCAACUUUGAGGAGGCUGUUGCCAACAGUAACAUCUUGCGUCUCUUCACCCUGAAGGAAUGGAUCGAGGAGGUCGUCAAGGACUCCUCCCUCCGCACUGGUGCAGCUGAUGCCUACUGCGACGAGUUGUUUGACAACGAGAUGAACAGCCUCGUCCGUGAGGCUCAGAAGCACUACCAGGACACAAACUUCAAGCUUGCUCUGAAGUCCGGUCUGUACGAUUUCACUGCCGCUCGUGACACUUACCGCGAGGCCGCCACCGCUGCUGGUUGUGGUAUGCACCGUGACACCAUCCUCCGCUACAUCGAGUUGCAGGCGUUGAUGCUGGCCCCGAUUGCUCCUCACUGGGCUGAGCAUGUGUGGCUGGAGGUCCUGAAGAAGUCCGAGUCCAUCCACUUUGCUAGAUUCCCUACCGUUCCCGAGCCCAAGCUAGAGCUCACUGCUGCUCAAAGCUACGUCCGCAGCACCUCUUCCAGCAUUCUGUCAUCAGAGGCUCAGUUCGUUAAGCGUCUGUCAAAGGGCAAGGCGUCAAACUUUGACCCCCGCAAGCCUAAGAAGCUUACUAUCUACUAUGCCGAGAACUUCCCUGCCUGGCAAGAGAAGUACAUCGACCUCGUGCGCGAGGCUUUCGACGCCAUGACUGUCUCAAUCAAUGACAAGGAGCUCAAUGCCAAGGUUGGCAAGUUGGGCGAGAUGAAGAAGGCCAUGCCUUUCGUUCAAACUCUGAAGCGCCGCCUCGUGGGUAGCCGCGAGGACCCGGAGCUCGUCUUCGGCCGCAAGCUGCCUUUCGAUGAGCUCAAGUACUUGACUGCCAUGAUUCCUGGUCUGCAGCGAACCUCUGGUUAUAAGCAGGUUGAGGUGAUCAAGGUUCAUGAGGGUGGCAAGACCGGUGAGGUCGUUGGAACUGGUGAGACCCGCGAGGGUUUGAACGCCGAACACGCUGUCCCCGGCCAGCCCGCAUUCAUGUUCGCCAACGUCGACUGA